GGAGCACACAUGGUUCUCAAGUGCACUGCUCUGUCUCACACUCUCUCAGCACACAGAGGGAGUAGCCAUUAUACUGGAGAGAAUGUCUCAAGCACUCACCAAAGGAUGGAGUUGAGGGAGAUAUGGAGAGCGGCGCUCUAUACCAUUUUCAUGUUGUUGGUGUUUGGUUCAGAAUUACUGACAGGUUUUGAGAACCUGCCUGCUCCCCAGAACGUCCUCCUGUCCUCUAUAGACAUGAUCCACCUGCUGAGGUGGAGCCCCGUCCUCGUGUCUGGAGGCAGCGUGAGAUACACCGUGGAGUUCCAGGGGGAGCAUGAGCGGGAAUACAGGAAUGGAUUGUGGCAGGAGGUGUUGGAGUGUCUGGAUAUCGUCCACCCUGUCUGUAACGUGACUGCUGACAUCUCCUCGAAUGUCGACUACGACCUCAGAGUCAGGGCCACCCAGGAGGGGCGAGUCUCACCAUGGGCUUCCAUCAAGAACAUGUUUAACAGACAAGACACUGUCUUGACUGUACCAGGCUUCAAUGUGACUGCCAGAAAGGAAUCCCUACAAGUUGACUUUACAGAAAAGCCCAAAUCCAUUGUUUUUGUCCUCAAGUACUGGCCAAAGGGUGCGGAACACCAGGCGGUCCAGGUGACCUCAGAGCAGAACCCCUUUGUCCUGGUUCGUAUUGAGGAGGGGGUCACAUACUGCUUCCAGGCCUGGACCUACGUGGAGGUCAUUCAUAAAAGCAGCAACGUCAGUGAGCUCCAGUGUGUCUCCAUUCCCAGCACCUUGCCCUCCUGGGUGGCCCCCACUGCAGUCACUGCAUCCUUGAUUGCCGUCAUUGUGGUGUCUAUAAUCUUGCUGGUCGCCCUGCAGAAGCAUUUGCACUUAAUGAAGUAUUUCUGCUGUCCCAAGGAGAUGUUACCAGACUCACUGGAUGUAGAUGGCUACAGAGUGAAGCUGUAUGGUGAGAAGACCAACAGUGAAACCUGGGACACCGUUUUGAUCCUGCCUGAAAUAACACUGAACUCAGGAGACUGAAAGAAGCUUGAAGGACCUGGUCCCUCGCAGGAAGCUGUUACCUGGUCGACAGCAAUGGAGACUUAAGUCCUUAAUUUAUUCAGAUCCACAACAUCGCAGGACAGGCUUUACACACAAACUAGAUCGUCUCCUGCAAAGGAUGUAAAUACAAAUCUACUUUAUUUUCAUUUUGGUUUUAUUUAUUGUUUUUCAGUUUUUUUUAGUGUAUAAGAAAAUGAAGAGACACAUGUUAAAAAUUCCUGUUUGUUACCAAACAAGUUUGUUAAAGUGGCCCAGCUAGCAUCUUUCCAUGACUUUUGCAGUGAUGUUUAAUGCUGGUCUUGUUUUAUCUUUUGAGGUUGACAGCAGUCUCACAUUUUGGAAGUACAAAUUCUCAAUUAUUGCAGUUUUUUGCAGUAAAUUCAAAACUGAUGUAUAUAAGCGUUUUUUUUUUUUUUUUCUUAUGAGAUCACAGAAUUAGGUUUUCUUCAGGAGCACUAGUAGUCAAUUUUUAUCUUCUUGGAAAAAUGUGCAAGCAAAAUUUGAUCGAAUUUAAUAAAAAGUAAUUCCAAAACCAAGAUACAGUCUAUAGUAACUUUAAAAGCAAGUGACUUAUUUGGUCAUAACUCAUUGUUUUAGAAUAUAAAUGAGAAGGGUGAAUCCUGGGGUCAUACGGGACAUUGACAUAUUUGUAUUAAUCUCACCACCUCAAAAACGUAAACCUUAUUGCUAUCUUAUAUAACAAUAUAAUACACUUGAGAUAGUGGCAAACAUUUGCUAACCAUAGCCCUACAGUAUGUUGCACACUUCAAAAACAAAACAGGACACAAUAUCAAAAUUGUCCAACCUGGAACCAGUUAGGUUCUUUUUUUCUGAACAUUUUCUUUUUGUAAUUCAUCUUUUAUAUAAGUGUAUUUCAUUUUUACAGUUAACACUUUGUGUGUGUUGAAUUAAAUGACCACAUGAAGUUGUUACUGGGUCAUUACAAGACUUUACAUCAAUCCAGUAUUUGAAUAUUUGGGUAUAAUUCAUUAUGUUAAAUGUUAUUUUUUUUGUGUGAAAACAUAACCAAAGACUUAUGGUGUAAAGAGAUUUGACCGUGGUGCCUUAGACCGCUAGGCCUCCCACAUUUCAGUUUUAUUUUAAAUCUGAAACUAAGGAGGUAUUUAAGUAUGUCAGAUGCACAAAUUGC